CCGUUCGGAAGAUACUUGGUCUUGGUACAGAGACCAGAUAUUAAAUUUCCGAGACGAUAGUUUCUUUGUUCUGCUCGAAAACCCAGUGAAAAGAGAGAUAUGGGCUCCGAGCGGUACAGCUUCUCCCUGACAACCUUCAGCCCGACGGGUAAACUGGUGCAAAUCGAGUACGCGUUGAGCGCUGUGACAGCCGGAGCAGCUUCAGUCGGUAUCAAGGCUACGAAUGGAGUCGUUUUGGCAACUGAGAAGAAGCAGAAAAGUAUCUUGAACGAUGAACACUCGACUUUCAAGGUUGAGCCGAUAACGCAGCACAUCGGGAUGGUUUACUCAGGUCUGGGUCCUGACUACCGGCUCCUCGUCAAGAGAGCACGGAAGAUUGCUCAAAAAUACGAGGUCCGGUAUGGUGAGCCGAUUCCAACGACUCAGUUGGUGCAAAAAGUCGCUUACAUCAUGCAAGAAUACACCCAGUCAGGAGGUGUUCGACCCUUCGGAGUCUCCUUGUUGAUCUGCGGAUGGGACAACGACCGCGGCUACCUGUUCCAAAGUGAUCCCAGUGGAGCUUAUUAUGCGUGGAAGGCCACCGCCAUGGGCAAGAACAGCGUAAACGGCAAGACUUUCCUAGAAAAGAAAUACAGCGAGACCGUCGAGCUCGAGGACGCUGUUCACACUGCAAUCCUGACGCUUAAAGAGGGUUUCGAGGGACAGAUGACUCAGGACAAUAUUGAAAUCGGUAUCUGUGAUGCCAAGGGAUUCCGUCGUCUCACGCCCGGUCAAGUCAAUGACUACUUGGCAAAUAUUUCUUGAAAGAGCAGAUUGUCAUUCCGACUGACUGGGAAUAAAGAAUUGCUUAUUAUA